AUGAAGAAUUGCAUUCUUCUUUUUAUUAUAUUACUGAUUAAUUCAUUCGAAUUUUCAAUAUUAAAUCGAGACCAAGAUCGUUAUUUUGGAAAACGAUUGCAACGAAUUAUUCACGAGUUAAAUGAACAAGAUCAAGGUAAAUUCGAAAAAACAAUUACCAUUCGUGAUAAACAAGAACAUACCGAUCUCAAGUUCAAAUAUUCAAAUAAUUAUGAAAAUGAAGUUGAUUCUAUAAUGAUCAUAGAUGCUAAUCUCAGUUGGAAUUUUGCAACGAAUAUAACGGAAGCAAAUGAAAAAAUCCUGAUUGCUCAAAGUCUUAUUCGAGCACCAUUCUCUGAAUUAGCAUUACCAAUAGCAAAACUAUUUAAUGAACACAUGAAAUAUUCUAAAAAUGAUGAUUUAAGAUAUAUAUUUGGUCGUUUAGCAUUAGGUGUUAAUAGUAAUAAUACGGAAGAUGCAACAGCAAAAGUGUGUGAACCAAAUGAUUCGAAUAAAUGUUAUACACUUGCACCUUAUCUCGAACGAUUAAUGCAAAUUGAAAAAGAUUAUGAUCGUUUAAUAUGGGCAUGGAAAGGUUGGCAUGAUGGAUGUGGAAAUCAAGUUCAUCCAGUUUAUUUAUCUUAUGUCGAUCUAUUGAAUAAAAAUGUUAAAGAAAACGGAUAG